UCCAGCCGUAUCCGUGGCGAUGGGGCUGCCUGGUGGAGCAGCCGUCAGUCGUGGGGGUUUGACGAAGGCACCGGCUCUCCUUCUCUGGAGGUUGGGACUGCUGUGUUUUUCCGUCUGGGCCCUGGAUGCAGAAAACGCAGAGGAGACUAAACCCCUGUACAUCUGGAAGACAGGUCCAUGGGGUCGUUGCAUGGGCAGUGAGUGUGGACCCGGCGGCAGCCAGAGCAGGGCGGUGUGGUGCUCCCACCCUGAUGGAUGGACCACCUUGCACACCAACUGUGACCAGGCAGAGCGACCAGACAACCAGCAGGGCUGCUUUCGAGUGUGCGACUGGCACAAAGACCUGUACGGCUGGCAGCUCGGAGCCUGGAACCAAUGCGUCCCGGUGGUGAUGCGGAACGGCGGGGGGCAGCGACCAGCUGUGUGCUCGCGGGGGGAGGAGGGCAUCCAGACCCGGGAGGUGGGCUGUGUUCAGAAGGCGGACGGGGAGCCAGCAGAAGACGCCAUCUGUGAAUACUUCGAGCCCAGGCCUCGGCAGGAGCAGGCCUGCCUCAUCCCCUGUCCGCGGGACUGCGUGGUGUCCGAGUUUACUCCAUGGACUCUGUGCUCUAAAACCUGUGGAAUGGGCUUACGGAACCGGGUUCGCAACGUUCUGGCGCCGCCCCUGUUUGGAGGCUCAGCCUGCCCGAACUUAACUGAAUUUGAGACGUGCCAGGUGGGGCCAUGUGAGGGGGAGGAGAGCCUUUACAGCCUCAGAGUGGGUCCAUGGGGCCCCUGUUCUGUGCCAAACUCAAGGCAAGUCAGACAAACUGACAAAGCGCUCAAAGAGAGCAAGAAAAGAUCCAAGGAGGCUGACAGACUCUCGAAGGAGGGAAAAAAUCAACCCAGGGAGAACAAACAGGUGGUGGGAGUAAACAAACAGAUGAGAGACGAUGAAAAACUGUACAAGGAAGUGGAGAAAACACCAAGAGAAGGUGAAAAACCACCAAGAGAUGGGAAGAAAGCAUCCGCACCAAACAGAAAACGUAUCAGAGCAAACAAGAAGGCUGACAGGCAGGCAGACCGACCCAGACGGCAGAAAAAGAUGAAGAACAAGGACAAAAGAGAGAAAAAGAGAAAGGAAGUGAAGGAGAGGUUAAGAGAGAGGGGGAAGGUCAAGGACCCUGAGACCAGAGAGCUGGUGAAAAAGAGGAGGAACAAGAACCGCCAGAACCGUCCAGGAGGAAAGUUCUGGGACUUGCAGGUCGGCUACCAGACCAGAGAAGUGAGCUGCCAGCACAAGAGCGGGAACAUGGAAGCUCUGAGCAUGUGUUCUAAGGAGGUGCUGCCCGUCACCUUCCAGGCCUGCGUCGUUCCCAGAGACUGCGAUGUGACUGAGUGGUCCGAGUGGUCGGCCUGUUCCAAGGAAUGCUAUGACCCCAACAACCCCAGCGGGGGGCAGCGCACCCGCACCAGGAGGGUGAGCCAGUUCCCCCUGAGUGGAGGGGGAGAGUGUCCAGAGCUGGAGGAGAGCGAGCCGUGCAGCCCCCAGGCAGACACGGCGCCCCCCUGCACACUCAACACCUGGAAGACCACUGAGUGGACGGAGUGCAGAGUGGACACACUGCUGAGCCAGCAGGAUCGUCGUCGUGGAAACCAGACCGGUUUGUGUGGAGGAGGAAUCCAGACUCGUGAGGUCUACUGUGUGCAAGUCAACACUGAAACGCCCCCAAACCUCAGGACUAAAGAGGCGCUGCGGCCAGUGGACAGUGAGCUCUGCCAGGGCAUCACUCCAAACACAACCCAGCUAUGCCACAUCAACUGUCCUGUGGAGUGUGAGGUGUCGCCGUGGAGCGCCUGGGGACCCUGCACCUUUGAGAACUGUCAAGACCAAGCCACCAAGAAAGGGUUCAAACUGAGGAAGAGGAGGAUCAUCAAUGAGCCCACAGGUGGGAUGGGAAACUGCCCCCACCUGGUAGAAGCCAUCCCGUGCGACGACCCCAGCUGCUUCGAGUGGCUGGUGGUUAAACUGGAGGGGUGCGUUCCUGACAACGACAGGGAAUGCGGACCAGGAACACAAAUCCCACAAGUCCAGUGUGUCAACAGCGAAGGUCUUUUUGUAGAGAAGCAGCUUUGCCGUGAUGCCAUCCUUCCUAUGCCAACUCUCUGUGAGGUGCCUUGCCCCAAAGACUGUGCCUUGAGCCCCUGGACCCAGUGGUCGCCCUGCUCUCAUACCUGCUCUGGGAAAAAUGCGGAAGGAAAGCAGACCCGAGUUCGUUCCAUCCUAGCUUACAAUGCAGGGGAAGGAGGAGUCCAGUGUCCCAACGUUAGUGCUCUCCUAGAGGUGAGGAGCUGUAACGACCAUCCCUGCACUGUUUACCACUGGCAAACUGGUCCAUGGGGACAGUGCAUCGAAGACUCCUCGUUUCCCUACACCAACAUGUCCGUGGGCGUCACGCGACCAGACGAUGGGUCCUGCGCCGUGGGGAUGCAGACCCGCAAAGUCAUCUGUGUCCGUGUCAAUGUGGGACAGGUUCCACCCAAAAAGUGUCCUGAGAGUCUCCGCCCAGACACCGUCAGACCCUGUUUGCUUCCUUGCAGGAAAGACUGCAUUGUCAGCCCUUACAGCGAGUGGAGCCCCUGCCCAUCAACAUGUCCAGGAGGUAGUAACUCCAAGAAGAAACAAUUCAGGAAACGGAUCAUCAUCCAGGUCCCAACUAACGGAGGACAGGACUGUCCUGAGGUUUUGGUCCAGGAAAGAGAGUGUGAAGCUCGUUCUGUUUGUCCUGGAUACAGAUGGAAAACCCACAAAUGGCGCAGAUGUCAACUGGUUCCGUGGUCGGUCCGGCAGGACAGUCCUGGCGCUCAAGAGACAUGUGGGCCGGGUCUGCAGUUUCGAGCCAUUUCGUGCCGAAAGCAGGACGGCGGUCAAGCAGACGUUGAAGCAUGUCUGAAGUCUGCCAGCCCCAUGCCGCCUCUCACCCAGCUGUGCCAUUUGCCCUGUCAGGAGGACUGUCAGCUCAGCAGCUGGUCCAAGUUCUCCUCCUGCACAGCCAACUGUGUGGGUGUCAGGACCCGGAAGAGGACCCUGAUGGGAAAAAGCAAAAAGCGUGACCAGUGUAAAAACAACCAAAUGUACCCCCUGAGUGAGACCCAGUACUGCCCGUGUAAGAAGUACAACGCCCAGCCUGUGGGGAACUGGUCGGACUGCAUCCUUCCUGAGAACAGCCGCGUGGAGGGUCAGCUCGGCAUGAAGGUGCAGGGGGACAUCAAGGAGUGCGGUCAAGGCUACCGCUACCAAGCCAUGGCGUGCUACGACCAGGACAGUCGCUUGGUGGAAACUUCUCGCUGCAACAGUCAUGGCUACAUCGAGGAGGCGUGCAUCAUCCCUUGUCCCUCUGACUGCAAGCUGAGCGAGUGGUCCAACUGGUCCCGCUGCAGUAAGUCUUGCGGCAGUGGGGUUAAAGUUCGCUCCAAGUGGCUCAGGGAAAAACCCUACAACGGUGGGAGACCAUGUCCCAAACUGGACCACGUCAAUCAGGCUCAGGUGUAUGAGGUGGUGCCAUGCCUCAGUGACUGCGGACAGUACGUGUGGGUGGCAGAGCCCUGGAGUGUGUGGAAAAUUAGCAACGUGGACCUAAGGAGCAACUGCGGUGAGGGUGUGCAGACCCGGAAAAUCAGGUGCAUGCUCAACACCAUAGACGGGCCGUCGGAGCAGGUGGAGGACUACCUGUGUGACCCUGAGGAGAUGCCUUUAGGAGCCCGGAACAGCCGUCUACCCUGUCCUGGUGACUGCGUGUUAUCGGACUGGGGGUCGUGGAGCCGAUGCCCACUGCCCUGCAGUGAGAACAGGACUCGUGAGAGGGCUGCUUUCCCGCUGCGUCAACCAGGAAACAACAAGACCUGCCCCCCCACCACAGAAACCGAGCCGUGCAGAAAGAACAGCAACUGCUUCCACUACUCGUACAACAUCACAGACUGGAGCACCUGUCAGCUCAGUGAAAAAGCCGUGUGCGGAUACGGCAUCAAGACCCGCAUGCUGGACUGUGUGCGCAGUGAUGGGAAGUCUGUGGACCCCAGCUACUGCAAAGAGCUGGGCUUAGACAGGAAGCUGCAGAUGAACGCUUCCUGCGUGGUGGAGUGUCCCGUCAACUGUCAGCUGUCUGAUUGGUCAGCGUGGUCUGAGUGCACGCGCAGCUGCGGCCUGGCAGGUAAGCUGUGGAGGAGACGGACGGUGGUCCAGGCUCCUCAGGGAGACGGGAGGCCGUGUCCAUAUCAGAUGGAACAGUGGAAGCCAUGCCCAGUUCAGCCCUGCUACAGCUGGAGAUACAGCACCUGGUCUGAAUGCAGAUCUGAGGGGGCUCGGUGUGGUCACGGCGUGCGCUUCAGGAACGUGUCGUGCUUUGUGUCCGACGGUUCGGGUCAGCAGGACAGCGGCCUGGUGGACGACGAGCUGUGUGCAGACGUGGAGCUGUUGGUGGACGGAGAUGCUCAGAUCAUCCUACAGGAGGCGUGCACCAUUCCUUGCCCGGGAGAUUGCUACCUGACUGACUGGACCGUAUGGAGUCCGUGCCAGCUGAACUGCAUCAACGGAGACGAUCUGGGCUUCGGCUCCGUCCAGGUUCGCUCUAGAGCCGUCCUGGCCCAGGAUCCCGAAAACCUGCUGCAGUGUCCAGAACAGGAGCUGGAGGCGCGGCCCUGCACAGGGGGGCAGUGCUUUGAAUACAAGUGGCGGAGCGGACCGUGGAGAGGGUCGUCUCGUCAGGUUUGGUGUGAGCGCUCAGAUGGACUGAACGUCACAGGUGGAUGUCUGCUGAGCUCCAAGCCGAUGGCUGACCGGUCUUGCCACCCGCCGUGUACCAAGCCCCGGUCUUUGUGCACCGAGGCCGGCGUCUGCGGCUGUGAAGAGGGCUUCACCGAGGUCAUGACCUCUGACGGCCUGCUGGAUCAGUGCACCGUCAUCCCCAUGCUGGAGAUCCCCACCACAGGAGACAACAGGGCCGACGUCAAGACCAUCCGAGGCUUCAACCCCACGCAGCCUGCAGCCAGCGCGCCUGGCAGGGCGGGGCGCACCUGGUUCCUGCAGCCGUUUGGACCAGACGGGAAGCUGAAGACGUGGGUGUACGGAGUGGCUGCAGGAGUCUUUGUCCUGCUGGUCUUCAUCAUCUCCAUGACAUAUCUGGCAUGCAAGAAGCCGAAGAAGCCUCCGCGGCGACAGAUGAACAACAGGCUGAAGCCUCUGACUCUGGCCUACGACGGGGACGCUGACAUGUAGACGUCCUCCCGGUGAAAACGCCCAUCUCCUGUGCAGACCCUGUUCUGGAGCCGCUCGCCGGCGUGCAGAAGCAACGGUCUCGACUGAGACCUCACAGCUCACACUCUGAGCUCAUGUUUAUUCCGCAGCCUUGAUGUUUUUGUCACAGGAGCCUUCACAAACUGAUCUUCUUCUGGAAGUCUGCCUUUGCCUCUUCUUCUCCAUGUGCUGCCACUGGCUGCUUUCAGACCACAGGGUCUAGCUAAGACGACGUCUUUGUGGAAAAGCACAAGUUUCUCCCCCCUCGCCCUCCAGUGUUCCUUCCUUUUUGUAACAGCAUCGCUGCAUGAACUUUUGUAUCCUUCGUUGACUCUCCAAGAACCCACGUUUGUCUUGGUGGCCUGGGUGCAGCCUUUAGGAAGAAUACAAUCAGAAGCGAGAGUCGCCAGCUCCUUCACCUGUCCUCCCUUCUGUUCUCCAGGCAUACAUUUUUUGCACUAUAUUAGUGCAGCAUGACACGUGCGCCUCGCUUCGCCAUAUCAAACUGCCUCUCUUAAUACAAGAUCUGCACAGU